UGACGCCAGAGCGGCGCCGGCCUCGGCGGCUGAGGAAAGCGGGAGGAGGUCUCGGCGGCGGGAAGAUGUAAGUUGCGGGAAUCCGACCCCAUCCGAGCUUCGGGGGCCGCUCGCCAAGGUCGGCGGGGUGCAUCGUGAAGCCGGCCCUCUCCCCGGCCCCGCGGUGGCAACGGCGGCCUAGCGGCGCGGUGUAGUUCUUAAGAAGAAAGAGUGGCCAGAGGAGAGCUGAGUAGGAGGCGCCGAGGCCGCGGCCCGGAAGUGGUCGGGGCUGCGGCGGGCGGAAGGGCGCCCUCGCUUCGUCUUCUCUGCGGCGGGCCCAGGGAGGCCCGCGGAAUUCGGAGCAGCCGGGAACUCGGCCUCCACCCUCAGGGUCCUCUCGCCGGGCAGGAGACCCAGGCCCGCAACGUCAGGCCCUGCCCUGGAAGCUCUCGCGGCCCGGCGCCUGGAGUGGGGAGUUGUGAGUCUACGCGGACAGGGGGCGGCGAGGUCGCGUUGGGCCCGGGGCCGGUGGGUGCAGAGUUGCUUUGUGGGGUGCCCUGGGUGACCGUCUGACCUUCCUUUUGAAGAUCUUGCUUUAAACAUGGAAUCCACGAACAUUUGUCGGACUCCUGUGUGCCGUUCUCGGUGCCCAUCUUUGGGGAUAUGGCCCUUAAUGCCUUGGAGCUCUGUUUCCCGGCUUGCCCCAGGAGGGAGGGUACGGGAAGGUUAAAUAUCAGUGGAGAAGAGAUGUGGCUUUUUGCCUUUGUAAUUUCGCAUGAAUAUGCCUAAAACGUACUGUUCAGCGGGGAAGGGGCUCUGAAGAUACGACCUGAAACGGUAGCUACUCGAGAUUUAACUAGUUGUUCUCUCCUCUCUCUGGCUGUUGGACUGCGCAACUUUCCGGAGGAUGGGGGAGGCUGCACUUUGGCGUAAAUUGCAAUCGAUUAGGGAUCGUUUCUCAGACUCAAGUUAGAAGUGAGAGUUCAGAUAAGUGAGGCCGCCAUUGCUGCUUUGAACACCUCAGAAGGGGAGAAUGGAUUUAUCAGGAGUGAAAAAGAAGAGCUUGCUAGGAGUCAAAGAAAAUAAUAAAAAGUCCAGCACUAGGGCUCCUUCUCCUACCAAACGCAAAGACCGCUCUGAGGAAAAGUCCAAGGACCGCUCUAAAGAUAAAGGGGCCACCAAGGAGUCGAGCGAGAAGGACCGUGGCAGGGAUAAAACUCGGAAGAGGCGCAGCGCUUCCAGUGGUAGCAGCAGCACCAGGUCUCGGUCCAGCUCUACCUCCAGCUCAGGCUCCAGCACCAGCACGGGCUCCAGCAGUGGCUCCAGCUCGUCUUCGGCAUCGAGCCGCUCAGGAAGUUCCAGCACAUCCCGCAGCUCCAGCUCCAGCAGUUCCUCUGGCUCUCCGAGUCCUUCUCGGCGCAGACACGACAACAGGCGGCGUUCCCGUUCCAAGUCCAAACCGCCCAAAAGAGAUGAAAAGGAGAGGAAGCGGCGGAGCCCUUCCCCUAAACCCACCAAAGUGCACAUCGGGAGGCUCACCAGGAACGUGACCAAGGAUCACAUCAUGGAGAUAUUCUCCACCUACGGCAAGAUUAAGAUGAUCGACAUGCCUGUGGAAAGGAUGCACCCUCAUCUCUCGAAGGGCUACGCCUACGUGGAGUUCGAGAAUCCAGAUGAAGCCGAGAAGGCACUGAAGCACAUGGACGGAGGACAAAUCGAUGGCCAGGAGAUCACUGCCACUGCCGUGCUGGCCCCCUGGCCUAGGCCACCCCCCAGGCGAUUCAGCCCUCCCAGGAGAAUGCUGCCACCACCUCCUAUGUGGCGCAGGUCACCCCCACGGAUGAGGAGAAGGUCGCGGUCCCCCAGGCGCAGGUCCCCUGUGCGCCGACGAUCCCGCUCCCCUGGCCGCCGCCGCCACAGGAGCCGCUCCAGCUCCAACUCCUCCCGAUAAGCGGAGCCACGGAAGCUCUGCCCCUGAGACUUAUGUCCCAUCCAGCUCACUUUCAUCAGUUGUCUAGCCAAAGGGGGAUGGGUAGGAACGAAGGCUCUCACUCAGGGGCAGGCUUGGGGAUGUGCCUGGAAAGAUGGUUUUCUGGCUAGAAAGAUCCCACGUUUCUAGUUCCUGGGAGUCAGUUUAGUGGCAGAGCCAGCAGGGAUGAGCAGGGGGCGCCAGGUAGUGGCACAGCCCCAGCCUGGGAGCACGUUUUUUCCAUUCCCUGGUUGACCCGGGGCCAGUCUGGUGGCCUAGUCAUGCCCUAACCUGUUGGCUUACAGGGUCCCUCAGGAAAGGAUGUGCUUUUAUGCAGCUGCCGUUGCUGUUAGUCUGGCCUCCCCCCUACUUGAAUCCUCUCUGACCUCUAGGAUCAAAUACCCUCUCUUACCUGCCCAGAAUGGUUUUUACAUAUAUUCUCGUGUGUGCGUGCACACACAGCCCAUGUCUUUCUCCGAAAUGAAAGUGUCUGGUCGUAGCAGGUCACCACGGAAAGUGCUUGUGUUGGUAUUCCUGACGGCGAUGCAGGAUACCUUGGCAACCAACGUGUACAUUGCUUUUUUGGCUUUUAUUGUACAGUCAGUACUACAAAUUUUCUGUUUUGAGUUUUGUAACUUUGUAGCAUUUUAGAUAAUGUUGUGUUUGUACUUUGUUGUGUAGAGUAAAAGGGCUGUGUUGAAUAAACCUUGAAUAGUGUGCAGCUCAA